UUUCCGAACGCGCUCGGCAUCCCUCGGCUGUCUCUUCUCCGGCAUGGAUUCCGCGGGUUCGAGUCCCGCGCCAGACUUUCCCUGCGGGCACUGCCAGGCCGAGCGAGCCCCUUACACUUGCCCGCGGUGCCACCUCCGCUUCUGCUCCGUGCCCUGCUACCGGGACCACGGCUCCUGCGCCCAGGACUUCCAGAGCCGCGAGCUGGAGCUAAGCCUCCGGGGCCUUCGGGGGGACAAGGCUUCCCAGCGCCGCCUGAGAGAGGCCCUCUUGCGGCUGCAGGAGCUACGCGAACCCGGGGAUGAGGGCCUUUCCAUAGGCCUCAACCCCGACGUGGAGCAAGAGGAGGCGCUGUGGGAGCAGCUGAGCCCCGGCCAGAGGAAGCACUUCCAGCGGCUGCUGAGCAGCGGACAGAUCUCGAGACUCCUGCCCGCCUGGGAGCCUUGGUGGGUGGGGGGCAGGAACUGCGAUGGCGCUGCCCUGAUCCAGGAGCUCCAAGGGGACUCCAGGGAUGCUCAGGAGCAGGAGCCCCACCAGCACCCGGAGGCUUCUUUGCAACAGCCACCACUUCCCACCCACCCAGAAGAGGCUUCUACCACCAGCACCCGGAGGCUUCGACAGCAAGCAGUGCCCACCUUGCCAUCCUCCAUCCCUCCGCUGGCCUCCCUGACUCGUACUCCUGCUUCACCUCUGGUCCGCUUCCAGCUGCCCAAUGUUCUCUAUGCCUAUGCCUACGCCCUGGCGCUGUACAACGGAGAAGCAGAUGAGGCAGAGAUGCUCCCUGAGUUUUGUGAGACGGUCCUUGAUGUUUCUGGGGCUCUGGGGGCCAAGCAGGUUUUCCACUCUACAUCCGAGGCCCUACAAGCUGCCCUCCAGGCACUGGCAAUGGGGCAGUACCCCGAAUGCCUGCUGGGCAAUGCCGAGGUGAUGGUGGCCGUGGCCCAGAUUUUAAUGGGGGAGUGCCAGGCCCAGCAAAAGGGGUUCAGCCUAGCUGCCCUCACCCACAUGGCUCAACUGCUGAGCAAAGGGAAGAGGCGGCUGCCUGCCCAGGACCGAGCCAGAAUCUCUGUGGCCCAGAAGAAGUGUGAGUUCUUGCUCUCCUGGGUAAAUGAGAAUGAGGUGGCUCUGAGCCUCCUUGCCUUGGAGGUGCAGCAGGAAUAUCAUGCCCACCUAGACAUGGUCAAGGAGGUGGGGGCUGUCAGCCAGGAACUGGAGCGGAUGUGGGGGGCCAAAGUGCCUCCUCCUAAGAAGCCCCUGAUAGAAGAACUGGACUGAAUUCAGGAACUUUGACAGCUGUCAGAUGCUCACCAGCUGGCCUGGGAGGGAGUUGGGGGGAGAGUCCUGCUGAAACCAGAUUAGACUUUUGAGCAGGAAAUUGAAUAAACACUCUGUAAACUGGAUCACAUAUUGGAUUAGACAAGAUUAUCCCCUUUUCUGUCUCACUUCACGUUGACACCUUGAAACAGAGCAAGGCUUGGGUUUCAAGAGGCACUUGUAGGGGCUGCCGGUGUAAUAAAUUAGUGAACUUU